CGAAGCGCGGUGGGGCCGGUGCCGCAGCGGCCUCGGGCCGAUCCCCGAUGGUGUCUGGCGGCUGCCGGCCCCAGGCUCAGGAUGGCGGCGGCGGCGGGGGCGGCCGGCCAGGAGAAGCAGCUCGCUCCGACCCUCCUCAGUUUCUUCAUCUACAACCCCAAGCUGGGGCCCAAAGAGGGAGAGGAAGAAAAGAAGAUUCUCUUCUAUCACCCAAAUGAAGUAGAAAAGAAUGAAAAAAUUAGAAAUGUGGGGCUAUGUGAAGCUAUAGUGCAGUUCACGAGGACCUUUAGUCCAACAAAACCUGCAAAAUCCCUACAUACACAGAAGAAUAGACAGUUUUUCCAUGAACCUGAAGAAAACUUCUGGAUGGUCAUGGUUGUACGGAAUCCCAUAAUAGAAAAACACAAAGAUGGAAAGCCAGUGUAUGAAUAUCAGGAAGAAGAAUUGCUGGACAAGGUUUAUAGUUCAGUCCUCCAGCAGUGCUACAGCAUGUACAAGCUUUUCAAUGGCACAUUCCUGAAAGCCAUGGAAGAUGGGGGUGUCAAAGUGCUAAAGGAGAGACUAGAGAAAUUCUUCCAUCGGUACUUGCAGACACUGCACUUACAGUCUUGUGAUCUGCUGGAUGUGUUUUGUGGAAUCAGCUUCUUUCCACUGGAUAAAAUGACUUACUUGAAAAUUCAGUCAUUUAUUAAUAGGAUGGAAGAAAGCCUGAACAUAGUCAAGUACACUGCAUUUCUCUACAACGACCAGCUUAUCUGGAGUGGACUGGAGCAAGAUGACAUGAGAAUUUUGUACAAAUAUCUCACGACAUCUCUGUUUCCAAGGCACAUGGAGCCUGAGUUAGCAGGAAGAGAUUCUCCAAUACGUGCAGAAAUGCCAGGAAAUCUCCAACACUAUGGAAGGUUUCUUACUGGACCUUUAAACCUUAAUGAUCCAGAGUCAAAAUGCCGUUUUCCCAAAAUAUUUGUUAACACUGAUGACACUUACGAAGAGCUUCACUUAAUUGUUUAUAAGGCCAUGAGUGCAGCUGUCUGCUUUAUGAUUGAUGCUUCAGUUCCACCCACACUGGAGUUUUGCAGAAAACUGGACAGCAUUGUUGGGCCUCAGCUCACGGUGUUGGCAUCAGACAUAUGUGAACAAUACAACAUCAACAAGAGAAUAUCAGGGGCUGAGAAGGAACCUCAGUUUAAGUUUAUCUAUUUCAAUCACAUGAACCUGGCAGAGAAAAGUACCAUUCACAUGAGGAAAACACCCAGCGUAUCACUUGCGUCUGUUCACCCUGACCUCAUGAAGAUUCUUGGUGACAUCAACAGUGACUUCUCCAGGAGUGGCACUUUCCAGUCUUUUUUGUUGAUGGCCGGUUGUUCGUGUUUGGUAUUUUGUGUUGGUUUAGAAGUAGUCAAUCUUAAAAAAAACUUCUAGCGUCCUUUUAAACAAAAAAUAAAAGAAGGCCAGAGCCUCUGUCAAAGAAAAUAUCACAUCUAUUGUAGCCUUCAGAGUAGUCAUAGCAAAUGGGAUGGGAAGCACGAGAUUCUGGGGAAGUAGUGUAAAGGACAGGUACACCUGCUUCUGCCUGUGUCACACAUGCCCAACACAGCUGGUGGCUUCUAGGGGUGAGACAAUGGAUGAAAUGCAAACCUUGCAGUUACUGCAGUCCUGCUGAUAGAGAAGCUAAGAGGCUUCUUGUCAAUGGGUAUUAUGCUACAAGGGGGGAGAGAUCCUCUGUCAUGACACAAAUUAAGACAAAACAUUUUUAACUCUAAUUAGCAACAAGCUGUUUUCACUCUGCUUAAGGACAAGGUUUCAAUUUUUCUAUAAAUGAAAAAAGUGUGUUUCAUCAUAUUAUGGAAGUACUGGGUUAGUUACAGCUUUAUAGAAUAUAUUCAGUUGUUGAGCAUUGUGUAGGUCUGGGCUUAACAGUCCUGUGAAAGCUUGGUAUCACCAACCCAUCUCCAGCUUUCAGUAUUUGGUCACUGUGUAGUAAAUCCUCAUUCUGUGAAGUGUAUCCUUACCAGAAUGGAGGUGUUUUCCUCAGAGCACUGCAGUGUUUGGCUAAUGAAAAGAUUACAGACUGAACACCUGGGCAUGUCCUAAGCAGCCAUUUUUGAAGCCUUUGACCUGGACUGAAUGAUGGGCAAGUUAGGACUGGUGUUUUUUUUGAUACUACACAACAACAAUUUCUGACAUUGAACUGUCCUAAU